AUGACACUCCAAAUUGUUAUAGACGAUAAUUUUCAAUUAAAAGAUAGUCAGUGCUCUAAUGUGAACACUAAUGUAACUUAUACAAAAAAUAUUAAUUACACCAUUGAAGGUGGUACUUAUCAAAUUCCUAAUGUGUGUAUUAAAAAUUUUGAAGAUAUUCGUGAGAAUAUAAAUAUCACAUUGGACAAACUGAAAAAACUAUAUGAUGAUUUUUUAGGAAGUGCUAAUAUUUGCCCUAAUGGUAGCGAUUGUUUUAUUGCGUACUUGGAAUUAACAAAAAUAUGUAAAAGAUCAAAUAACGAUAAUUUUCAAAAAUUACUAAGAAAUUUUGAGUACGAAUAUGUGACAUAUUUUCCUGGAGUACAUGAAAGAAUGGAAUAUACUUCUUAUUGUUAUUUCUUACAAAUGAUAAUAAGAAAGCUAAGAAGAACUUGGAACAAAAACAAUAAUGAUCGUCUCAACAUGAAGGAUUAA